AUGGGGAGAUGCGCCACCGGGAAGGUUCUAAUUCAUUUAUUGGAUGAUACCAUUCAAAAGGGCACAUUAAUCAACUAUCAAAAGCACUACAAUAUUACAUUGUUUGAGGUGGUGGUGAAAAUGUCUGCAGAGUUACCUCUUAGCACCGAGCUGAUAGAGUAUGGCCAAGAGUUUGGCACUGGAGGAUCAGUCAUCGACACAAAAGGAGGAGUUUUGGGAAUGGCCAAUCCCACUCCAAGAGCAGCUUUCAUUCCAACUCCACUUAUACUCAGGUGCCUGCGUAUGUGGAGGGAUUUGAAGUGUGUGCCCCGGCUGCACCUUGGACUGAAAGUUUCUUCUAUUAAGUUUCUACAUAGUUCCCACAAAGAAAAGAUAUCCCGCAAGUUCAAUAUUAAUGCUGGUCUUAUUGUUCAAGAGGUAUCUGAGGGAUCUGCUGCCGAAAAAAUUGGAAUCAGAAAUGGUGAUGUCAUUGAAUCAUUGAAUGAAAAAUGUUUUCCUACCACGGUAGAGCUUGAGAUCAUGCUGCUGCGCACAUGUGAGCAUUGUGUUGAGAAAGGAGGUGGCCUUGGUUCCAAUGUGGAUCUCACAGUUGGUUUGUUCCAGACACGCAAAGAAAAACGUUGCACUAAAAAGUUGACGUUAAAUGUAUCUGAUGAUUUGGAAGUCAUUGCAGGAGCUAUAGAAGGGAAGUUGGAAAAGGAAGACGUGGACGCCGUUGCUUUCGCUCAUAGAAAAAUCCCCUCUACUAUGCAAACUGGGUAA